GCGCUUUUGAGGACGCGCGCGGGCGGUCUCCCCUACCUGCUGGGGCGCAGCGGGCAGUCUCCGGAGCAGGCCGUGCCGGGCCCGGCCAUGAGCUACGACCGCGCUAUCACCGUCUUCUCGCCCGACGGCCACCUCUUCCAAGUGGAGUACGCACAGGAGGCCGUAAAGAAGGGCUCCACCGCGGUUGGCGUACGAGGAAGAGAAAUUGUUGUUCUUGGAGUGGAAAAGAAAUCUGUGGCCAAACUGCAGGAUGAGAGAACGGUGCGGAAGAUCUGUGCUUUGGAUGACAAUGUCUGCAUGGCGUUUGCAGGCCUCACCGCCGAUGCAAGGAUCGUCAUCAACAGGGCCCGAGUGGAGUGCCAGAGCCACCGGCUGACAGUGGAGGACCCGGUCACCGUGGAGUACAUCACCCGCUAUAUUGCCAGUCUGAAGCAGCGCUACACGCAGAGCAAUGGGCGCAGACCUUUUGGAAUCUCUGCCCUCAUCGUGGGCUUUGACUUUGACGGCACUCCCCGACUGUAUCAGACUGACCCCUCAGGCACGUACCAUGCCUGGAAGGCCAAUGCCAUCGGCCGGGGGGCGAAGUCAGUGCGUGAAUUCCUGGAGAAGAACUAUACGGAUGAAGCCAUUGAGACAGACGACCUGGCCGUUAAACUUGUUAUCAAGGCCCUCCUGGAGGUGGUUCAGUCAGGUGGCAAAAACAUUGAGCUUGCUGUCAUGCGGCGGGAUCAGCCCCUCAAGAUUUUAAAUCCUGAAGAAAUUGAGAAAUAUGUUGCUGAAAUUGAAAAGGAAAAAGAAGAAAAUGAAAAGAAGAAACAGAAAAAAGCAUCAUGAUGAGCUCUCUUGCUUGUGAUUUUUAACUUCAGAUCACGGAUCCUCAAGGACGUGGCGGCUUCACCCAUUUACCCACACUGAUCGUCAACAAUAAACCUCUGUAUUUUUUAACCUUUUUUAAAGAGAA